AUUCUAGACGGAUGAGCUGAUAUCGAUUCACCAGCCACCGAAUCAGCUCGCGACGCGCCCAUACUAAAGCCAUCUAAACGAUGUCGUCUUGGGCGUAAAGACCGCGAUUUAUUAUCUGAGCAACAAUCGUGGCUGGGGACAAAAACUAAAAUGGCCAGCGGGUGCAUUGGGGUCGAAUCAGACGUAAUCAAGUAGUCGAUAUGGACACACGCUUGCUGGCUGCACUGUUGCUGAUCGCGGCCUGCAGGGCCGACUCGGCCGAGGAUCCAGAUCUGGAUCAGGAUCAGCCGAGGGUCACGUUUAAGCCAGGUCGCUAUGUUCCCCAACUGCACGGUGCCACGGGUUGGUAUAUUCCGGAUAACAGUGGCAAGUACCGGCACGAUCCCAGGCCCUACGACGGCGGCUACGGAGAUCGUGGUGUUCCCUAUGAUUCCGACUUGAGCGGCAUUUUCCGUAAUGCCCAGCAUCAGCUGGAGGCAAAGGUCCAGGAGGCCGGCGAAGGCCUAUCCCUUGGGCCACGAGAUCAUCUGCGAUUCAUGAUCGACUUUAACUUCAAUGGCACCGGCUGGCAGAUAAUCCAGUUUCAGUGGGUGCGAGAUGGCGAUGAGGCCCAUCCAGAUACCAAGGAGUACAGCUACUUGACCGAGAACAAGUUGUGGGACUCGGAUCCGGCCUAUGAGUACCAGGAACCAGACGAUAGCUGUCAUGUGAACUGUCAGCCGGAGGCGGAGGAAUACCAGGGGCAACCGGAGCCGGAGCCUGUCCAGGAGCCAGUAGUGCCGCCAACUGAGGAGCAGCCGCAGUCAAGAAACAACAUCAAUUCAGAGCAGGACCCUGGCAAGAUUCAUGACACCAUCAACGAGGUCCUGGAGUACAUACAACAACGAAUCCUGCCUACAUUGCCAAUCGAAAGGAAAUAAAGUGGUUUCACA